AUGAAACAAUUCUUAAUUCACAUUGAUCUGACAAACUAUAUACAUAUAAAUAUAGAUUUCGACUCUAAUAAACUCAAAAAGCUUUAUGAAACCCAUGUUCCUAUUUCUAAUAUCGAGAGAACAAUUUUGACUGUAGGCUCUGCUAUAGCUGCUUUAAAUAAUCCAUUACGUGGCGAUAUGAUUGCAACUUUAGGAGAAGCAACAGGAAAUUUAUUCCUUAGACGUAUGCGCGACCAAAUGCUAGAAUCUAGUGUUGGUAGACGCAUAUUACGUGAAAGGCCUAUUAUAAAUACAAAAACCAUCGACUUUGAUGAACUAAAGAAAACAUGUGCACCAGGUACAUUUGGAGAGCAAUAUAUAAAUUGGUUGGAAUCAGAGGGUGUGACACCAGAUACACGAUGUGAUGUUAAAUAUGUUGAUGAUGAAGAAUUGGCUUAUGUUAUUAAACGUUAUCGUGAAAUUCAUGACUUUUUUCAUACAUUAACCGGAUUGGGAGUGACAGUAGAAGAAGAGAUUGCUUUAAAAUGGUUCGAAUGGGUUCAAACAGGUCUCCCGAUGACUAUGCUUGCUUCUGUCUUUGGACCUUUAAGAAUGACUUGGCCAGAACGUAAACGCCUUUAUGGAGGCUAUAUUCCUUGGGCCUUACAAUGUGGUGCAUCUUGUACACCACUUAUGAAUGUUUAUUAUGAAGAGCAUUUUCACACACCCAUUGAAGAGCUUCGUAAACAAUUAGGCAUUACUUUACCACCUCAAUAUUCAAUUCAUAAAAAAUAA